AUGACUCUGCGCGGUGGAGAUGGUCUUAGAAGCUCACGAGAGAAACAAAUAGCCUGCUUCAAUUGUGGAAAACACGGUCAUCAAUCAUCCAAAUGCCGCAAGAAGACCAAUCAUAAAACUAAAGCCAGCACUGCGACCACAGUCAAACCAGGCAGCUACGAAUCCAGUUCUUUUGGUGAUGAUGAAAAAUUCAGUGUGAUCUCCAAGUAA